AAGCGUAAAGCACCAGCAGCUAAUCACAGACAGCUGAGGAGGAGCAGAGCGAAAGACUUUAGAGGCUGCGUUCAGGGAACACCAAAAAGGAAAAGGAGAGCAGGCCGUUCACCAUGAGCAACUACGAGAGGCUGAAAGAGGAACCCAUCACUCAGGAUCCACCUCCUUACUCUGACAAAGACUCCCAUGAAGACCCUGAGCCAGCUAAAUCUCUUUCUGGAUCAGAACCCCGUCACAUGGGCUGGCCCUCUAACCCUGUGCCACCCCAGUACCAACAUUAUGUUGCAGCUGGUGCAGGAUCCCACCAGUUUCCGAUUCUUCAACCUCCGCAGGCCACCGUCAUCAUUUGUGGUCCACCUGCCAAGGAGCCUGAUUACCUGGCCUACUCUAUCUGUACCAUGCUUUGCUGCUGCCUCCCCCUGGGCAUUGCUGCCUUAGUUUACUCUAUAAAGACCCAAGAAGGCAACUUUAAUGGAGAUGUGAUAGCUGCCAAGCGAAACUCCAGGAUGGCUCGCAUCUUGAACCACACAGCCCUCGGAGUGGGCUGCUUCUGCUUCGUUAUGUAUAUCAUCAUAAUGGCAACGUUGUAUUGGCAACUGCAAAACCAGCACCCACUGGACUGAGGAUUCACUGCAGAGCCUCCACAUUUCGAAAGACCUCCCCACCGUUGCACUACUGAGAAGAAGGCCUGGCUGGACGCUGUGCUUUAUGAAUCAUUCCACAGCAGGAAGUGCUAAAGGACUGAGUCACACAUACAGACUCAUCGCAUGAUUUCUGUUUACAGUGGUACCUCGGGUUACAAUAUGCUUCAGGUUACAGACUCCGCUAACCCAGAAAUAUUUCCUCGGGUUAAGAACUUUG